CAAGCAUUUUGAAAAGGACUUUGGUAGGCACGUCAAUACUCGACUCGUCCGUUCUUUGACAAAUAGCGGACAGAUGGGCCUUUGUUUCUAUUAAUGACAAUCGUAUCCUUCAAUUCCUUCUUUAAUGUCCGAAAUAUUCACCCUUACUUUAAGCCGGCGAGGUGAACGCACAAGAGCUGCGUGAGUUGGGGUUUUUCUGUAAAGCUCUUAAGAUUUGUAGAUUCUUGAAGAACUUGAAGAGGAAGCAAUUUCUUUUAUUCACUCUGAUGUGGGUUUGAUUUAUAUCCAAGUUUCCAAGUGAAAAACAGAAGAAUUGAAGAGUUGAGAGAUGGGUGUAAUUAGUACUUUUUUGGGGUUUUCCGGCUUUGGAAUCGGCGUUUCUGCUGGGAUUGUGAUCGGUUAUUAUCUCUUCAUCUACUUUCAACCCACAGAUGUCAAGGAUCCAAUUAUUCGACCUUUGGUCGAACGAGACUCUGAAACUCUACAAAGUAUGCUUCCUGAAAUACCGGCGUGGGUAAAAAACCCGGAUUUUGACCGGGUUGAUUGGCUUAACAAGUUCAUCGAAUAUAUGUGGCCUUAUCUUGACAAGGCAAUAUGCAAGACUGCAAAGGAAAUUGCAAAACCCAUUAUCGCAGAACAAAUUCCAAAGUAUAAAAUUGAUUCGGUUGAAUUUGAGACUCUUACAUUAGGCUCUUUGCCUCCUACAUUUCAAGGGAUGAAAGUGUAUGUUACUGAUGAGAAGGAGUUGAUAAUGGAACCAGUUCUAAAAUGGGCUGGAAACCCUAAUGUUACUGUGGCUGCUAAAGCAUAUGGUUUGAAAGCAACUGUUCAGGUGGUGGAUUUACAAGUCUUUGCUGCACCUCGUAUCACUCUAAAACCACUUGUUCCUAGCUUUCCCUGCUUUGCUAAAAUAUGUGUGUCUCUCAUGGAGAAGCCACAUGUUGAUUUUGGGCUGAAGCUAUUUGGAGCUGACCUUAUGUCAAUUCCUGGAUUGUAUAGGUUUGUUCAGGAACAAAUCAAAGAUCAAGUUGGCAACAUGUAUCUUUGGCCUAGAACUCUAGAAGUACAAAUAUUGGAUCCAUCCAAGGCCUUAAAGAAGCCUGUAGGAAUACUUCAUGUGAAGGUUUUGAGGGCAAUGAAGUUGAAAAAGAAAGAUCUUUUGGGUGCUUCUGAUCCUUAUGUGAAAAUAAAGCUCACAGAAAGUAAGCUUCCAUCAAAGAAGACAACUGUGAAACAUAAGAAUUUGAAUCCCGAAUGGAAUGAGGAGUUCAACAUGGUUGUUAAAGAUCCAGAAUCUCAAGCUGUAGAGUUCCAAGUUUAUGAUUGGGAACAGGUUGGCAAACAUGACAAGAUGGGGAUGAAUGUGGUGCCCUUGAAGGAAAUUGUACCCGAUGAGCCAAAAGUUGUAACACUUGAUCUCCUAAAAAACAUGGAUUCAAAUGAUGCCCAAAAUGAAAAAUCAAGAGGCCAAAUUGUUGUAGAAUUGUUAUAUAAACCUUUUAAGGAUGAAGAUAUGCCUGCAUUUGAAGAUGCAGGUGCUGUUCAAAAGGCACCUGAAGGAACACCAGCUGGAGGUGGUGUACUUGUUGUUAGGGUUCAUGAAGCUCAAGAUGUUGAAGGAAAACACCACACUAAUCCUUAUGUCCGUGUCCUUUUCAAAGGAGAGGAGAAAAAAACCAAGCAUGUGAAGAAGAAUCGGGAUCCAAGAUGGAAUGAGGAGUUCACAUUCACACUAGAAGAGCCUCCUUUGAAUGAUAAAUUGCAUGUGGAAGUUGCUAGUGCUUCAUCAAGGAUUGGGUUACUACAUCCUAAGGAAUCGUUGGGUUACAUUGAUAUAAGUCUUGUGGAUGUUGUGAAUAAUAAAAGGAUCAAUGAAAAGUAUCAUCUUAUUGAUUCAAGGAAUGGGAAGAUCCAAAUUGAGCUUCAAUGGAGGACUGCAUCUUGAAUUCUUGAUGAUAGUGAGACAGAGACAUAUAAUAUAUAUAUAGAGAGAGGUUUGAUUGAAGAAAAUGGUUUCUCACUUUUGGUACUUGAAAACUGAAUCGAAAUACUUAUGUUUGCUGUUUGUUG